UCAUCAGUACCAGCAGAGCUUCCAACAAACCGGCCCUUCACACCCCCCCUCCCCUCCUACACACAAAGCGAACGGCACCCUCCAGCCUCUCCGUCCCGCCAUGAAACAGACUCUAAGCGAACUGAUGAGGAUGAGCAGGAUAUGCCGGAUGAUAUUUGCCACUUGUUUAGGAUCCUUUAUUCUGGUCCUCUUUUAUUUCCAAAGUAUGUUCCAACCAGUCAUGCGAAGGAAUCCGUUUGUGGACGGUUGCUGCAGGAAGGGGUCUCGCAACGCGCUGCGGGAGCUGUACGACCCCACGCAGCCGGAGUUAUCGGGAAUGGCUGUCCUCCACCAAGCCAGGAGAGAUCAGGUAGUGGACUCUUGUAGAGUUUAUAGUGCGUCUAGCCAUAAAAGGCGAGUCCUGACACCCGGAGACCUGAAACACCUUGUGGUGGACGAGGACCACGAGCUCAUCUACUGCUACGUUCCCAAAGUGGCGUGCACCAACUGGAAGCGUGUCAUGAUGGUUCUAACAGGCCGAGGAAAAUACAGUGACCCAAUGGAAAUCCCUUCCAACGAAGCCCACAUACCUUCCAACCUGAAGACACUGAAUCAAUACAGCAUUGCUGAGAUCAACCACCGCCUCAAGAACUACCUCAAGUUCCUCUUCGUACGCGAGCCCUUUGAGAGGCUGGUCUCCGCAUAUCGUAACAAGUUUACCCUCAAGUACAACUCGUCCUUCCACAAGCGCUUUGGGACUCGCAUUGUCCGGCGCUACCGCAAGAACGCCACACAGGACGCCCUGCUGAACGGCGCCGACGUCAAGUUCAAGGAAUUUGCUGAGUACCUGGUGGACCCGGCCACGCAGCGCGAUGGCCCGCUAAAUGAGCACUGGCAGACCGUCUACCAGCUCUGCCACCCGUGUCACAUCCAUUACGAUCUAGUGGGAAAGUACGAGACACUGGAGGAGGACGCGAACUAUGUGCUGCGUCUGGUGGGCAUCGGUGACUCCCUCCGCUUCCCGAGUUACGCCAAGUCCACCCGCACCACAGAUGUUAUGACGGCCCAGUUCUUUAGCAAUAUCAGCAGUCAUCAGCAAAUCCAACUCUACCAGCUUUACAAGUUGGACUUCCUCAUGUUCAACUACUCCACACCUAGCUACCUCCGGAUGGACUACUAGAGGACAGAGCUGGGAAAUCUUGGGAAAUGCCCCCUUGUUUACACUAAGGCAACAAAAUAAGGAAAAGGGCAGACAUGUUUUUGGAAGCAAACUUGAUUUAAAUAAUAGUUCACGUACCAUUAAGGUGCGGGGACUUAGUUAGACAUAUAAAUAGAUGCUAGAAGAAAGGAAGUGAUGCAUGCAUGUAUGGCCAUACCGAGGAAGGAGUCCAAUGAGCUGGUUGGAUGACAGUGUGGGUUAAAUGGACCAAAGACAUGUCAUGACAUGUGUGGGUGAAGCAGGUCUUCAGGGUGGUUUAAAAGAAGGGAACCUAUCUUCAGGAGGAGGGACUCAAAAAGGGAUUCUCCUGGCACAUUUAUUACAAACAGCUUCAAAAAUCUGCAAACAGCUUCCUCGCACGCACCCCCUCCCACCCGGACCCCAAAUGCAUUGUGGAAGCAAAACCAUCCAUAGAAAUUCCGACAAAUUGUAAAACACAGUCGCUGCCAUCAGCCCUCGCAAUCAUUAGAUCCAUACCUUUCAGAAAGAAACUGGUGUUCGCGGACUCGAGCGGAUCCUGUGACGCGAUGGCUUCCGACAUCACUCUCUGCAACUGGAACUAUGGCAGCAUGGUUUAAAGCCAACAGUUUGAACUCAAGAAGCUCCCCCACUGGUGAAAUCACAGGCACCUUCGCCACAGUGACUGGGACAUGCCGGCUAGGACCGUGGAGUCUGCGGUUGAUAUGAACAAAGGCACUGGAUCACCCAACAUUGUUCAGUCAGGGGUUCAUCCCAACCAGUCAAUUAAGAUUAUGCUUUUGUGUUCAUGCUUAGUUUUUUUGAUUAUUUUCUGAAGCAUUGCUGCGAGCAGCAAUAACUAUAGAUUAUUUAAUUAGCUUUGUUGAUUGAAAUUAAAGAGAGGAUAUGAUAUUUAGUUUUCCUGGGCUUUGAUUCAAAGUUAAAUUGUUGUUAAGAGGUUUGUUUUGUCAUGGCUCUUUCUUCACAACUUGCUUCAUUUUAUUAUCCAUGCGCCCCAACAUUUUCAUUUCUAAGAGUCAUUGACUUUGUCCUUCUGUGUCUCAGCUGAUCAAAUAUUUAUAUUUUUUUUACUCUUUGGUACCACAUCAUUGCCUUUAAGCAAAUUCACAGCAAGGUGCAGCCUUCCAAGGUAUAACGUGACACUCGCCAGCUGCUGACAGUGUACAUAUCAACAAUCAAAACUGCCUACAUCGCACAAUCGGACGAUGAUAUCUUUUGUGAUGCGAUGAAUGUCAAGCAAUGUCAAGGUUAAUAUGGUGUGUGUACUCUCUUGUGCUGAUGUGAACUCUAUUACGCAGCAGAGGAAAGGAUGGAGCGGACACUCGGGAGAGAACGUCUGCACCCUCAUUGUAAAUUCUGAAUCGCUCCAUCGUCAAGGCUGAAGAAUAAAUAUAGUUAUCUCAUGGUUCAACCUCAAGCUGCUGUACUUACUGAGCCACAGAUUUGGUCACCAUUGUUUGUACAACCCGAUCUUUAGCUCUUGGGAGAGCUUUCCAAAAGCUUUUCGGUUCCCUACAAACCUCCUCUCGUGGCUUUUGAGUACCCACACUUGUGCAGAUGCUCAUCUUUGGGUAAUAAUGAGUGAACAGCUUUGUGUCUUUACAGUACGUCCACAUAAUCAUCUGGUUCUAAUAAAAAAGAGAACAGGUCGGGCUCCUCGUCCUCCUGCAGAAACAAUGGCUGCAUUCUAAGCGUGUGGCCUCCUCCUGCGUUACGACGCACGCAAAUACACAUUGAACUUGCACUUGAACUCCCCACGGAUGUCAACGCCACGCAGUCGCUUACUCAGCAAUAAGGCGCAAGUCCACGACGCAGAGGCCGGCCUCCACUUAAACUGCUCAUUUAGCCCCACAAUGGAGGAUGGAACGAUACACAAAGGGCCUCUUAGGCUGCAAACAAGCCAUUAGAGGCCUCUCGCCUUACUCAUCUUAUCUCCUCUCGCUCCAAAACUGGCCUCCCAUAGAAAAAACAAAAAACAAACAAAAACAAGUAAUUCAAUGUUGCUGAUCCUUACUGUCCCUGCAGGAAAAAGGAAAGCCUGCUUAAACACACAGAGCUGAAAUAAGGUCUCCGCAGGGGGCUAAGCGAGUGCCGACAGGCUUUCUGGCUCGGGUGUAAACAAGCCAACCAAAGCAGAGCAUAAAACCAUGUCUGUUCACUGCCCCAAGGCCUGUCAUAGUACUGUAGCAGCAUUUAUAUUCAACCAGCCCGAAUGGCGUCAUACCAUCUAACCUCCUACCUGUGUUGUAUGGUAUUUAGUCAAGAUGCAAGCGAUUGAGUGCCAUGAGCACAGAAAAGUGAGUAUUGCUGUGAGUAUUUGAAUGGCGGGAUUAACCAAUGCAUUUUUAGCCAAAAUGACACCAUGUCCUGAAUCACUGGCACAAGAGCACAGGCCAAGCAUGUUCGCCCUCCUCUGCCUGUUUCAUUUCUGACUUUCCCAUGAGCCUACAGCAACAGUGUGAGGCCUCCCAUCAUGUGGAUGUUGUCGCUUCUGUUCAUUUCCUCUGGAAAUGUUCAAUACCUGAUCACUGAAUGACCCUAAGAUACAUUGGUGUCAUCAUUUUUAACUAAGGAGAUCCAACCUUAAAACAACUUUUCAAAGAUUCAAAUGGUGGUGCGUUCAAGGACAGAUGUUGUGGUUGUCAGCCUGCCAGUUGUGAUUUGCCAGUGUACUGUUAUAAUAGGACGCAGGCAAUCCUUCAGUUGAUCUUUACAACACAGUUUAUACUGUACAUGGGUUCAGGUCAAGGAUUUAGCGUUUUUUUACCGACGCUUUCAUUAGAAGCGUCUCUCAAACGCGGAUUUAAAAUAAAAUAAAGACCUAAUUAUCAUAUGACUGAUUUUGGAGAAAUCUGGUGCUUCCUUUUUGUCACCUGCUCUGGAAAAUACAAAACACAAACAACAGCAUUAGAUGGGAGCACAGCAAAGGGCAAGAUACAUAAAAUCAGGCUGUUUGUUUUUCAGCACUUUGUUGGAAGAUGAACCGCAGACAUGACUAAAGUCACUAAAACAGUAACACUCUGACAAGCAUGUUAGUGCAAAGCUCAGCCACUGAUGCAUUCUGUGACUCAUUGUAUUUAUUUUAAAUUUAUGUCUGUCAAAUGAAAGAAACUACCGACAACAUAAAAGUUUGUGUACAGGAUAAAGACUCACUAUCACCUUCCAACAUGUCUCUAUGUGGUUGUGCCCGUACCACACACAGUACUUAUCUAUGAAAUGAGGGUUUAAAUGAUAAUGAUAACGCUGACCCAUCUGUUCCCAGGACCAUUUACGUUUCUCACCCAUUUCUACUGUUGUUUUGUUCCCUGUGAUCAGCAAUUUAAAUUUCUGCAGAUAAACAGUCACACUGUUUUUGCUGAAACUUCAUCAGCCCUCAAGUGACGAGGGGAAAAACAUAUAAUAUUCAUAGAUUUAUGCGAAGUGAAUAUGAGAUUUGUACCUGUUUUGAUUCACACUAAAAAGACCUAAACAUUGGCAGGUAUCCAGUUACAGCAGCUUUAGGAAAAAACUGAACUGAACUUUUAGAAGCGAUGAUUACAGUGCAUCACAAGCAGAUCAAGUUCAUACAGACCCGUGGCUUGGUCAGCGUUGUGUUGUUUCUCUAGCUUGGCUUUGGACGUGGAAUCAACAGUCACAGUCCAACAGAAGGCAUUAAUUUAUUCUACUACUCAUAACCCUGCCUUGCUAUCACCAUGGUAACGUGUAUCUGUCACUUCCACCCGGGACAACAGAGACUCUCCCCGUUGUGCUCGGGUUCGUUUUCAGACGCACUCACCAUCAUGGGAGAAAUGAACAGCUGCUGAGCUGCAACUGUGGAACCAGUAUCAUUUUUACAUUCUCUUUAUUUUGUAUCUUAAGGAUCAUUUUAAUUUUUAAGAAGAAAGCUGGCCUGAAAUGUCAGUGUGCUGUUGUUCCAGGUCUAUAUUAAAGAAUCAGCAUCAGCUAAAAUAAAGCCGUUCAAAACCGAA